CUCCUUGAGAGCCAAUUUCAUAUAUCCAUGCUGAUCUAAGGGGGUUGGGACUGAAGCUCUGCAUGUUAUUGAACACCAGAGGAAUAAGAUAUUUCAGUGUCUCAGUUGACACAUCCUGAUCUCCCCUCCAUCAUCAGCAGUUAGUUCUAUCUGUUAUCACCAUGGGUGACUGCGGACCAUCUGUCCCAUCCAUCCACACUCAACUUGCGGGGCAUCCUUCACUAUCUUCUGCGGACUCGGAUGAUAUCAACAUUCUCGUCACUGGGUUUGGUCCGUUCAAGACUAACCUCGUCAAUGCCUCGUACUUGAUCGCCUCAUCCCUUCCUCCUUCGUUCACCUUUACUGUUCCACAAAGUUCAUCCGCAUCCCCAGAGGGACCCACUACGACUCAUCGAGUAUUCAUCCAUGUCCAUCCGAACCCUAUCCCCGUCUCUUAUUCGACGGUCCAAUCAACCGUCCCUUCCAUAGUCGAUGAUUAUGCCAAAACACACGGCGGUCGACGACCAGAUAUUGUCAUCCACAUGGGCAUAGCAGCAACAAGACAGUACUAUUCCGUCGAGACAAAGGCACACCGAGACUCGUAUCUUAUGUCGGAUAUCGAAGGGCGCUCGGGUUACGAAGCUGGAGAGAAACGAUGGAGAGAGCAUGACCUGCCUCCUCUGCUGCAGGCGGGCAGAUCCACCAAUCCCCUAUCUAUCUCGGAUAUUGCAGACAAGACACAUGAUCAAGUGGUAACUCCAUCGUCGCAAGCUGUACAGUCUUCCUGGAACCCACAUCCACCGAACGACAAGCUCCUUAGUAUAUGGAAGUCAUUUGCCGCCGGGGCCGACGUCCGGCUCUCGGAAGAUGCCGGCCGUUAUCUCUGCGAGUUCAUCUUCUACACCAGUCUGGCGCAUGCCUUUAAACAAGGCCUGGACCGGAAUGUGGUCUUCUUGCACGUCCCUGGUGGCUAUAACGAUCAAGCUGUCCAGACCGGGCGAGAGGUUACCAUUGCAUUAAUCAAGGCUCUAAUCACAUGCUGGGCGGACAGGACGAUGUAAAUGCAUGGUGAUGGGGGAUUAGUACAUUCAUGAUUUGCAUGACUUAUACGCAUAGCUUGGGUGCUUAGAUGAUGACAAACAUCUAGUUUAUUGAUCUAAUCAUUGAUAGUC